CACUGUUUUUUUAUUCAGUAAAUAAAUAAAAGUGGGCAAAACUUGCUCAUAACGCAGUAAAGGUGUACGGCAAGUUUCGCAAGAUGGUUUUAACCUUUCUUCGACGGGCAAUUCAACAGCCACAAUUCAGAACUCCCAGCAGGUCGUGCGUCAUCCCGGCAACAGAAUUAAAUGGCAAUAAACAACAACACGACGCACUGCAACAAUUGGCCCUUAAGGAGCAAUGCAUUUUGGUUAACGAGAGAGAUGAAGUCACCGGUUUUGAUUCCAAAGAAAAUUGCCAUCGCGUUGAUUUAAAGACCAAAGAAGUAAAACUGCACCGAGCUUUUUCAGUUUUUCUCUUCAAUUCCAAAGGAGAAAUGCUAAUCCAGAAAAGAUCACAUCAUAAGAUCACUUUCCCAAAUACUUACACCAAUGCCUGCUGUAGUCACCCUUUGCAUGAAAUUGAAGUUGAACGCGAAGAGUUGAACUGCUUUGGGGUCCGCAAAGCUGCCCAACGAAGACUCAACUAUGAGCUUGGCAUUCCCACCAACCAAAUAAGGCCCGAAAACUUCCAUUAUCUGACAAGAAUCCACUAUGCGAACACAGGAGAUGGCAUUUGGGGAGAACAUGAAAUUGAUUAUAUACUUUUUUUGCAAAAGGAUGUAGAUUUGAAUCCAAACUCGAAUGAAGUGAGUGAGGUGCGCUACUUAAAACGUCACAAUAUCGACGAAGCAGUCUCAAAGUUCAAUGCCCCGUUAACCCCUUGGUUUAAUCUUAUAUUGAAAAAUCAUCUAAAAAUCUGGUGGGAUAAUUUACAUCAGCUUAAAAAGUUCGAAGAUCACGAGAAUAUUCAUCGUUACUAGAACAAUGAGCCAGCCAACCAACCAGCCAGCAAACAUUGACAAAAACGAAAAAUCUCCAAAACGAAUGUCGCAUCACAUCACUGCGCUGCAUGAACGUAUAAACCUAACAUUUUUAUGUUCUACUGUAAGUUAGAAUGCUUUCAUGGGUGGUGUUGAAUUGCACCUAAAAAUGGCCACAAAUGGAUUCCAAUGUCUUUUGAAUAAAUAUUUUAACAUGUUUCAUUUUAAUAAAAGCAAUUUUUACAUUGAUUAGAAAAAUAA